AGUUGUCAACCAAUCAGCUGAUGGCGGCUUUGUUUGAAUUGAAAACACUUUAAAAUUAAAAUCAAUUGUUUUUUAUUAUCGAGGGAGAGAAGUAUAUAAGGUCCUUAAUAAUAAAUUGAGAUCAAUUAUUUAUGAACGGUUGACCUUAAUAAAUUAUUGCCGCCCGACAAUCGAUCCGGGGAGAUUUUAUAUGUCGUAUGUUAUACCUUUGUGCCCCGAGUUGCAUGGAACCCCACCAUGAUACUGAACAAAAGACGCUUUAUCAAGAGAGGAUAGAGAAAAACUGAGUGAAAUGGCACGGGAGAGGCACAAGCUGUUUUACCUUAUCCUGCCUUCCUUACCAGUGUUUCUCUACUUUCUUGUGUACGUUGAUAUAAUAACCCUUGGGGCCUUCAAAGUCGCCUGCGUAAUAUGCGUGAUACUCUUCGGUAUCGUACCCCUGAUCUUCAAGUACUCCUACGGCUUUCAGAGGUCCGUUGUCUUCUUGACGUUCAUAAACGUGCCCUCCUCGGCCGAUUACGAACAUCCGGAAAAGUACGGCCUGAGCGGAUCCCGGAACUUCCGGAUAACGGCCGAAAACGUCGAGUUGGGCACGUGGCAAAUCCUCCCCGCCAACCUGGAAAACAUCAACGAAACGAGCGCGGAGUUCUUCGAACGGGUGCUGAGCGACGGUCAACCGGUGGUGAUCUACAACCACGGAAACGGCGGCUGUAGACUCACCCCCCACCGAAUCGAGACCUAUCAUAUGCUCCGCAAGUUCUUCCACGUGAUCGCUUUCGAUUAUAGAGGUUACGGGGAUUCCUCCUCGGAACCCCCAAGCGAACCGGACGUGGUCCGGGACAUCGUGAACGUGUACAAAUGGGUGCGGAACCGUACGAGGACGAACGUGUUCAUUUGGGGUCACUCGUUGGGCACCAGUUUGUCCACGAACGCCCUAAGGGAGAUCCAACAGUUACCGCUGGAAAAACCGUUGGGACUGAUCCUGGAGAGUCCCUUUAAUAACAUGAGGGAGGAAAUCGGCGAGUUUCCUUUGGCUAAGAUGUUCAAGUUCCUGCCCUGGUUCAAGGCGACCAUAGUCAAUCCGAUGUCGGAAAACUUCAAAUUCGAGACUGAUCGGUACGUUUGCGAGGUGAAUGUGCCCGUGAUGAUACUGCACGCCAAAGACGACAAGGUGGUACCCUACAAGUUAGGAGAGAAGUUGUAUGCUGGGGCGAAACAGUGCAGGAGCGAGGCCCAGGGCCCCGUUCUGUUCCAUUCUUUUGAUGCGCGGUACAAGUUUGGGCACAAGUACAUCUCCAGGGCGGAAGAUUUACCGGAGAAAAUCAAUGAAUUUUUGGAAAUCUGCCUGGAAAUCAAAACCGACAAGAUCGACCAUCAGUAUUAAUGUAGCGACGGACGCCUUUAUUUAUUUAGUUUAAUUUAUUUGACCACUGUGAUUUUAUGGCAACUUUUUGAUAUAGUCCUUUCAUCCCUCCUUAAGUUAGUUAGUCAUUAUUGAUAAGCAAUGUCAAUUUAGUAUAAUGCCUGCGACAUGUAUCUCAUUAGGGUUUUUAUUUUUACGUAGCAAUAAACGGAAUUUCAAUUAA